CCCAAAGCGCCAUGCCACCCAUCAGUCGCUACGAGGUCGGAACUGGCAUUCUCUUACAUGGCGGGCGAGGGCGAGAAAGAGCGUCUCGAGAGGCCACCAUUGCAGGUGGUGCAGCACUCCGGCCUUGGCUUGCCGUGCCUUGGGCAGAGGAUAACGGGCGUGCGCAACAGGAACAUGUGCUCUGCCAAGGCCCGCAUCUUCGCCCCCGCCGCGCCGGGUAGGAUCAGGCUCUGGCCCACCGAAGAGGACGAAAUGCUGGUGCUGCGGGAGUAGAAUCUUGGGCGCUGGUGCAAGCUCAGGAGCGCUCGAUCGAGGACUUUC